GGUGGAAAUGGCGAUAUUGAGGAUUCGGAUACUGACGUACAGGACUACAGCACGGACGAGGACUACAACGAUGUUUUCGACUCGACCAGUAACGGAACUGAUGUGGACGCUGCGUCCGGCACGAAAAGUGGCACUUUAAAAUUCGUAAGAACUCUGACAAAUAUCUCGAAGGAUGCUGGCGGUGUCGCCCAUAUGCGAUGCGAAGUCGUGGGCGAUCCUCCGCCGACAAAGAUACGGUGGUUCAAGAACGAAGCUCCGUUAGAAGAAGACCGACCGAAAAUCACCAUUAGGAAAAUACACGCACAAAUGCACGAACAUGCAGCGAAGAAUCUGGCGGGAAGUCGAUUAAAAAUCACAAAUUUGGACGUUUCUGAUGUUGGUUUUUAUACUUGUCGCGUUACCAACGGCAAGGAUCAAAUUCAGAGCGAAGGAACUCUACGAGUCGAUUCCUCGAAGAAAUGGCAAGCUCCUAUACAUCCUGGACAGCCUAUAGGACAGCCAUCAGACACCGAUAGAUUUUCUACAGGAAUAUCUGGUUCAGGUUUCAUCGACGGUAUGGGAAAUGGAGACAUGUUAGGCAUCUCAGGGAAUGGAAUGUCUACACCUCACAUCUCUCAUUUAGCAUCCGUAAAUCCGUUCAGUAUACUUUUACCGAACCCACAGCCAACCAGCUCACAAUCCAGCACCAUGGAUCUUAAUACAAUCAGCGGCCUUACUAAUGGCAAUAUACAAUUCCCUCCUAAUAUGAAUUUUGAUGAAAUAUCAAGUUCAAUUUCAAACAGAAAGGACAAUCAUAAAGGAACUUGUGAGGUAUACAUGGGAAAAACUUGUGCGCAGUUUGUAGGAAACCAAUCAGUUUAUAUUAUAUAUCCCAUGACACAGAAAAUGCUCGAAGAGAAAUUAAUGAAGGCUUUUCAAGUUAUCAAUUUCUCAAAUGAGCUCUCGUCAAAUUGCGAAGGAUAUGCGAAACCGUCUCUUUGCUAUUCCGCUUUUCCAAUAUGUCGCGAUGCGACAACUAAUACUCAGAAACCAAAAAACACAGAAGCGAGUACACAGCUUUUUAACCUCCUGAACUCCAGGCAAGAUGAUCUCUUUGAUGACGGAGAUCGCGAGGACGCGGACGAUUUCGCAAGACUGCGCGGUAUCCACAAAAAACGUAGUCCCACAUUAAAACCGGUUUUUGACUUGGUGCCUAACGAAAACGGGAAAUCGAGCAACAAAAAGAUAAUUAAUCAGAGUUACGGGGACGCGCAGCAUCGAGCAUCUAGCAGAAACGAGAUCAAUCGUAAAUUACGAAGGAUAUGUCGGGAGGAAUGCGAAAUGUUGGAAAAUGAAUUAUGUAGAAAGGAAUACGCGAUAGCAAAGAGGCAUCCGUUAAUCGGGCAUCAAGUGCCUUUGGUUGAAUGUUCUGAUUUACCGCUGGAUGGAACGACGGAAGCUCGCGAUUGUUUAACACUUGGGUUAUCCGCGGCAAACAAUGUGCAAGAAAAUGACUACUGCUAUUGGGGUAGUGGAAAAUCCUAUCGGGGAACUGUAAAAACGAGCGUUAGUGGAAGGCCAUGUUUACGAUGGGCUCAUCACUUUAAUCUCCCAAUAUCUGAUUUUCCCGAAUUAGCUGGACGUCAUUCUUACUGUCGGAAUCCUGGUGGAAAAGAACAUCAACCAUGGUGUUAUGUCGAUGUCAAUAAUAGGAUGCAAAAGGAGUUUUGCAAUAUAUCUAAAUGUGUUGAGAAUUUAUGGAUUUAUGCGGUCGUUGGUUUUGUGCUAACAGGGGGUUUUGUUAUUAUAUUAAUAUGUUAUUGCUGCUGCUACAGAAGUAGAAAAUCCAGAAGACAAAUGAAUCAUUUACCAUCAAAUAAAAUAUUAACCGGUAUCCAAUGUGAUAAAAAUAUAUAUGAUGGAAGGAGGAGCACGACACAGCCCAUGGAAAUGAGUUCUCUCUUGGCAGGACCUGGUAACAUAACACCAGGCACUGGCACUUUAAGCAGUGGCAGUAGUAGAACGUCUAAUAAUAGGAUACGACAAUUUACUACAAAUAAUAUUGUGCUUUUGCAAGAGUUGGGCGAAGGUGCUUUUGGAAAAGUUUACAAGGGUGAAUUGCAAACCGGAAAUAAAUGCGAGCCACCUAUUUACGUAGCAGUAAAAACAUUAAAGGAGAAUGCAAGUCCGAAAACUCAAAGCGAUUUUAAAAGAGAAGUCGAACUCAUGACAGAUUUACAACAUCAAAAUAUUAUUUGUUUGCUUGGUGUAAUAUUAAAAGGAGAACCAAUGUGUAUGCUCUUUGAGUACAUGACUCAAGGAGAUCUACACGAAUAUCUAAUUUGCCAUUCCCCGAGAUCGGAUGUUCCAUUGAACAACAGUAAUGGAAAAAUUCUAGAGCAACCAGAGUUUUUGCAAAUUGCUUUACAAAUUGCCUCUGGCAUGGAAUAUUUGGCUAGUCAUCACUAUGUCCAUCGCGAUUUGGCAGCAAGAAAUUGUUUAGUGGGCGAUGAUUUAACAGUCAAAAUCUCAGAUUUUGGUUUAUCACGAGAUAUAUAUAGCAGCGACUAUUAUAGGGUACAAUCCAAGAGUCUACUACCUGUUCGAUGGAUGCCACCUGAGUCAAUUCUUUAUGGUAAAUUCACUACCGAAUCAGAUGUAUGGAGUUUCGGAGUUGUACUCUGGGAAAUCUACAGCUAUGGUUUGCAGCCAUAUUACGGAUAUAACAAUCAGGAAGUAAUAGACAUGAUUCGUUCACGGCAACUGUUGCCGUGUCCGGAAGACUGUCCGACAAUGAUAUAUAGUCUAAUGAUUGAGUGUUGGCAUGAGGUAGCGAAUCGCAGGCCGCAGUUUCCAGAGAUUCAUCAUCGGUUACACAAUUGGUAUAUAAAUCGAACCUACUUGAGCGAUUUUUGCAACGAAUCUAUUACCAGUUACUCAGGCAGUAGCCAUAAGAGCACAAACAAGACCAAUUCAACACAAUUGUCAGCGCCCAUAUACAAGAGCGAUCAGAAAACAAGCACUGAGCCAAAGGUCAUCUGCAAUCUCAAUGAUCACAGUAAUGCGAUAAAAAUGUUACCGGCAGUGAAUACUUUUCCGAAUUCUAACUGCGUCGAACAGAGACUGAAUUGUGGUUUCAAUACGGAACACGGAACACCAAUAAAAACGUCUAAUUACCAGAAUCCUACUACGAAUGUUAAUCUAAAUGACGUCUAUGAUGAUAAACAGUGUUGUUCGCCCAAGUUGAGCGGCGCGAAGAAAGUUUUACCUGUAGUAAUACCUCAGGCAGGUGUACCUAAACCAAAUGCGCUCAACAAUGGCCCAAGACCGUUACAAAAUGGUGCGCAAUUGGUCGUCAGGUUACCCGACCCCAGUAAAGUCACAACUGAAACGAGAGUAUCGAAAUGAACGACUUUGCAAUGAAUUUGUAUUUUUUCGUAUAUUUGUCGUAAUAAAUUGUCAGUAAUGAUAAAACACUAUCGAAUCUUCAUGCCACUAUCGGAUACUUCUUUAGAUAGUAUUAAACGAACAGACUAAAUACAAGAAACCGCUGCAAUACUAAUCCCUGCCAUAUGUAUGUACAUUUAUUUAUUUUUACAAAUAUAUACGUAUUUUAUAUUGUCGCGUAUUUCGGGUGACAUGUAUAUAUUCACAUGACACUAUUGGAGACUCCUUUUGGAUAGUAUCAAACGAAAGAAGAAUACAAAAGCUAGCUACAAGACUUAAUCAUUGUCAUUUACAUGCAUUUAUUUAUUGUUACAAACAUGCACGUAUUUUAUACUGCCGUUUAUCUUAAUAAUGUGUUGAUAAUGUCUCACACACAUAUAAAAUAGUUUAAUACUUACAUAGGCAGGACAUAGAAUCGGAUAUCGUGCUUUAACAUGAUUAUUCCCCAUUUAUGACUAUAGUCGUGCAACAAUAGAAUAAAAUUUUUAAGAUUUGUCCUCGUUUAUUUUUACGAAAAGAUAUUCAUUGAAACAUUAUACUAGAGUGAGAAUAUAUGUAUAAUUUAUACGUUUAUUCAUAAGUUAUAUAUAAGAAAAACGAAGAGAGAGAGAGAGAGAGAGAAAAAAAGAUAAUUCUAUUUCAGAAAAAGAGAAAUAAACUUGCAGAACACAAUAUCAACGGAUAUCGAUAUCUACAUCAAAACGAAUGUUUAAUUAUGCAUGCUCUGUCCAAAGAGUAUAAUAUUGUAUGGAAUAUUGUUAUGCUCUAUAUAAGGCAUAUCUUAUGAAUCAUGUUUUCAUAUAAUCUUUACAGAAUUGUUCAAAAAGAUGCGAGCACGCGCAAUCGGAUAUAUAUUGUAAUAAGCGGAAAUGAGAGACGACGCGUGAAAAAGAAAAAAUGUGCGAGUGUGUGUUUUGUGAAUGUGUGUUUUAAGAUGUUUUUUAAAAGGCAAUUUUUAUAAUCGUCAUAUCGUCGUAUGCCAAAAUCCGGAUAGUGAAUAUUGACUGUUAACAAAAAUUAUUCAAUUUGUAUAUUAUAUAAUAACUGCAUAUGUGUAUCUUUUUUACCUAGAAAAUCUUUGGGGUCUUGCUUUGUAAUCAAAAAUUAAUUU